UUUGCUUAUCAAUUGUUGCGAGUUGGGAAAAAAUAUGACUGUCACCUAACACAGAAAGAAGCGAAGACAAACAAUAGGCUUCCAUUCCAUUUCUUUGCUGAAGGCCUUCAACCCAUUUCAUUUGUCCAAACUCCAAAGUACAAUAAUUAUCAGAAUUCAAUUAUUUAGACGAUUUUUCCAUGCACUUUGGGAUUACAAAACUUCACCUUUAAAUCCCCAUGGCUUCCUCUCAUUUGCUCUGUGACCAUAGUCUCUUCUUCCCUCCUUCCUCCAAAAACAGUCACCUGUCAAUUACUCCCCAAACAAAACUUCAAUUUCGAAGAACGCCAUUUCCCAAAGCAUCCAAGAAACAGCUAGAGAUUGUAUAUGACCCUGAUGAGAGGCUAAACAAGUUAGCAGAUGAGGUGGACAAGCAAGCUUCUUUUUCAAGACUUACAUUGUUCUCACCUUGUAAGAUUAAUGUUUUCUUGAGAAUAACCAACAAAAGGGAAGAUGGGUAUCAUGAUUUAGCAUCUCUCUUUCAUACAGUUAGUCUGGGGGAUAUAAUUAAAUUCUCUUUGUCACCAUCCAAAACUAAGGAUCGUUUGUCAAGCAAUGUCUCUGGUGUCCCCCUUGAUGAUAGAAAUUUGAUUAUUAAAGCCCUUAACCUCUACAGGAAAAAAACUGGCAGUAACAACUUCUUUUGGGUUCAUCUUGAUAAAAAGGUGCCUACUGGAGCAGGGCUUGGUGGUGGAAGCAGCAAUGCAGCAACUGCACUUUGGGCAGCUAAUCAGUUCAAUGGUUGUAUUGCAACUGAGAAGGAGCUUCAGGAAUGGUCAAGUGAGAUCGGUUCGGAUAUCCCAUUCUUUUUCUCACAUGGAGCAGCAUAUUGUACCGGUCGAGGUGAGGUUGUUCAAGAUAUAUUCCCACCUCUUCCUUUGGACAUUCCAAUGGUUCUUAUAAAGCCUAAGGAGUCAUGUUCCACAGCUGAAGUUUACAAGUGUCUUCGACUAGAUCAAACUAGUAAGGUUGAUCCUUUGGCAUUGCUGGAGAAGAUUUCAAGGAAUGGAAUAUCCCAAGAUGUCUGUAUUAAUGAUUUGGAACCUCCUGCCUUUGAAGUUCUACCAUCUCUUAAACGGCUCAAGCAGCGUGUAACUGCAGCUGGUCGCGGACAAUACGAUGCUGUUUUUAUGUCUGGGAGUGGAAGCACCAUUGUUGGAAUCGGUUCCCCUGAUCCUCCACAAUUUGUAUAUGAUGAUGAUGAUUAUCGUGAUGUAUUUUUGUCAGAGGCCAACUUUAUUAACCGUGAAGAAAAUGAGUGGUACAAAGAACUUACUUCAGUGACUGCUUGUCAGCCCCCGGAAGCAUCACAAACUCUUGAGUGAUUCAUCCCUACUGAAGACAAGACGUAAGGAUGGAACCGCUUUGGCUUGUAUGAUCUACUUGUAGUACAACAGCAAUUGAUGUGUUUCUGAGUGCUAUCAGACUAUGUAGAGUUAAAUGUCGAGUUGCAGUCAGCUUUGGGUGUGGGAAAAUGGGAGAAAAGGAUUAUAUAUUAAUUACCCAAUAUUUAACCCAGAAAUUAAGCAGUGAAGGAAGAGGCCAGUUGCAGGCAGAGAAAACCUGGAAGUGGACUUUUCUACCCAAGGAGCAAAUACUAACUAAAGCUCGUGUAAGUUGAAAUUCUAUGCAGGCAGAGAGGUACUGCAGUAGGCAAAUUUUUAAUGCUUUAUGUUGGACAAGUAGAUGAAGUUUUUCUCCAAUAAUGAUUCAUUUUUCUUUUCCUA